AUGGAGGAAAAGAUAACAUCAAUUCACUGGCAAAAUACACAGGGAAUGGCUGUACUGUGGCUAACAGCCAUAUUGCCAGGAGCAAGGCCUCCUCAUUGUGAUCAAGAUUCAGACAUUUGUGCCAAAUCAAGGCCAGACCAGCUCGCGCUUCUGUUCUCAUCGUUCGCCCUCAUGGCGAUUGGAGCUGGUGGCAUUAGGCCAUGUUCUUUAGCCUUUGGUGCAGAUCAGUUUGACACCCCCAAUAACCCGAAAAACGAGAGUAUCUUGCAAAGCUUUUUCAACUGGUACUAUGCUUCUGUGGGAAUUUCUGUACUAAUUUCAGUGACUGUUAUAAUUUACAUCCAAACUGAAGCAGGUUGGGUUGUGGGUUUUGGGGUUCCUGUAGUCGUUAUGUUGUUAUCUACUAUUCUGUUCCUCUUGGGUUCUAAACUUUAUGUUAAGGUGAAGGCAAAUAAGAGCUUGAUGGUAGGUUUCCUCAAGUUAUAG